AUGAUGAUUGCGGAUUGGAAGUCACUGCAAAUGGAGUAUAAAGAAGAUUGGAGGCAAAAUGCAGGUUUGUUCGGCCUAACACGCGUUGGGAGUCGGAGAGUCAUUCAACUAUCAACCGGAUUCAUGCUUAUCUUCUUUGUAUUUGGCAAGUUUGGAGCAGUGGCUGCUGCAAUCCCAUUUCCAAUAGUAGCACCUGUUAUUGCAUCCUCUUUGCCUACGUCGAUGGCAGUGGUUGUAGAUGAUGAGGAUAGAGAAAAUGAAGGGGACCUAAUAAUGACAGCACAGUUGGAAACACCAGAGGCUAUGGCUUUUAUUGUGAAGCACGAGACUGAUAUAGUUUGUGUGGUUCAACUCAAAGAGAAAUGGAUUGAAUAUAAUGAACCAAAGAGACUUAGAAAAUUAGUGUCACUAUUUGUUUCCCCUACGGUCAAAUAUGUUGUUGUUGCUAUUGCUGCUGGAAAUCGAAUUACGAUUCUGAGUAAAGAGGAUGAGUAUCAGCAAUCAUAUAUUCUUAUUUUUGGUACAUUUAGUGUGGGAGCUUCGUCUGAAGAUGAUGAAAUUCUUGGUGUUGCUGAUGACUAUGAUACUAUGUAUUUUAUUAAAUUCAAUGGUGAAGUUGUGGCAGAAAUUACAAAAAGGCAUUUGAAAAUCUCUUCAUCAAUUGCUGGUUUAUUUUCUGACAAUGACUCAGAUAUGCACGAGUCUUACUUGUAA